AUAAAAAAAAAAAAAAAAAAAAAAAAAAAAAAAAUGACAGCCAGACUUCUAAGAACAGCCCUUCCUUUGCUCUUCUUUGCCCUCUUUGGGGUCCUGGAGGCGACAACAAUAUCGUGCAGAAAUGAAGAAGGCAAAGCCGUGGAUUGGUUUGCCUUUUAUAAGUUACCUAAAAGGCAAGACAAGGAAAGCAGACAGACGGGGUUAGAGUACCUAUACCUAGACUCUACAACCAGGAGCUGGAGGAGGAGUAAGCAACUAAUGAAUACCACCAACAGUGUGUUGGGAAGGACAUUACAACAGCUAUAUGAAGCAUAUGCCUCUGAGAAUAACAACACAGCCUAUCUAAUAUACAAUGAUGGAGUCCCUACAUCUGUGAAUUACAGCAGAAAGUAUGGACACACUAAAGGUUUACUGCUGUGGAACCGAGUGCAGGGAUUUUGGCUGAUUCAUUCUAUCCCCAGAUUUCCUCCAGCUCCUGAAGAAGGCUAUGAUUAUCCACCCACAGGGAGGAGACAUGGACAAUCUGGCAUCUGCAUAACUUUUAAGUACAACCAGUUUGAAGCAAUAGAUUCUCAGCUCUUGGUCUGUAACCCAAACAUUUAUAGCUGUUCCAUCCCAGCCAUCUUUCACCAGGAGCUCAUUCAUAUGCCCCAGUUGUGCUCCAGAUCCAGCUCAUCAGAGAUCCCUGACCGGCACCUCACUGCACUUCAGUCAGCCCGGGGCCAAAAAUUCCUCCAUUUUGCAAAGUCUGGUUCUUUUCUUGACGACAUCUUUGCAGCCUGGAUGGCUCAACGGUUGAAGACGCAUUUGCUAACAGAAACCUGGCAGCGAAAGAGCCAAGAGCUUCCUUCAAACUGCUCCCUUCCUUACCAUGUCUACAAUGUCAAAGCAAUUAAGAUAUCUGGACACUCUUAUUUCAGUUCUUACCAGGAUCAUGCCAAAUGGUGUGUUUCCCAAAAGAAGACCAAAAAUCACUGGACCUGCAUUGGAGACUUAAAUCGGAGCCCACACCAAGCCUUCAGAAACGGAGGAUUCAUUUGUACCCAGAAUCAGCAUAUUUACCAUGCAUUUCAAGGAUUGGUUUUGUACUAUGAGAACUGUAACUAAACUUGGUGAAAGGACAUAUGUACCAUUAUUUUCAGCACUGACAAUGGGUCUUCUUCCAUUAGAUCCAUUCUUUAUAUACUAAAAGCCUGUGAGUAUACUUAUAGUCACAAAUCAUCAAAUAAAAUGCUUUUCUACCGUG